AUGGACCGCGCGUCUUUCAAUUUCGAUGCCACCAUUGAUUACAGCAUGCAUGCCUACAUUGGCCAAAUGAAUAUAGAAUGUAUACAUUGCAAAGCAAUUAAAUUCAGAAACGAAACGCCUGGUAUGUGCUGUCCUGGUGGGAAAGUCAAAUUGCCGGUGCUAGAACUUCCGCCAGAACCUUUGCAUUCAUUGGUUUCUGGCAAUUCACCAACGUCGAAGCAUUUCCUCUUAAACAUUAAAAAAUACAAUUCAUGCUUUCAAAUGACAUCUUUUGGAGCUACAAAUAUUAUAAGAAAUGGAUUUAUGCCGACGUUUAAGAUUCAAGGUCAAAUAUACCAUAGAGCUGGGUCUUGGCUACCAUUCCCAGAUGGUGACUAUCAAUUUUUGCAAAUAUAUUUUAUUGGUGAUGAUAAUCGUGAAUUAGAUCAGCGCUGUGCAAUUUCGGCGAAUACGAGAAGAUCAAUCGUGAAUGAAUUGCAAACAAUGUUCCAUCAACGCAAUGAAUUGGUGAAAUUGUUCAAAGUGGCACUCGAUCUGAUGCCCACCGAUGACCACAAAAUAAUAAUAAAAGCCGAUAAAACACCAAUUGGGGAGCACGCCAGACGAUUCAAUAUAAAAAACAUUUUAUGUAUGGUGGUGCGAAGCCCACUGGGGAAUGCUAGUACCUUAUAUAUAUCUUAG